AUGUCUUUACCACUGCCCGUCACUACGCCUACAAUGCCACCGAGCAAAGAGGCCGCAAAGCACGAGUGCGUCUCGGAGGACGCGCUGCAGCACCUCAAAUCCUACAAAUACUCGAGCGUCGAUAAAUCCUUCAUCUCCCGCUACAUACUCAAGCACUACUGGAAUGGCUUCGUCGAGCUUUUGCCCCUGUGGAUUGCGCCGAACCUCGUCACAUUAUUAGGCUUCUUCUUCAUCCUAGGCAACAUUGUAUUGCUAGAACUAUACGUGCCGGAUCUGGUCGGACCAGCACCGUCAUGGGUAUACUACAGCUUUGCUUUUGGCAUGUGGAUGUACUCCACCAUGGACAACGUCGACGGGAAGCAAGCGCGCCGCACCGGAACAUCGAGCCCGCUAGGAGAGCUAUUCGAUCAUGGAAUUGACUCGCUCAAUUGCACUUUGGCCAGCCUGUUGGAGACAGCAGCUGUUGGAUACGGCUCGACCAAAAUUGGCGCUUUCACCGCCCUCAUUCCUGUCCUCCCGAUGUUCCUUUCCACAUGGGAAACGUACCACACGCAUACGCUUUAUUUGGGAUACUUCAACGGGCCUACAGAGGGUCUGAUACUUGCAUGCCUAUUCAUCUGCAUGUCCGGCUACUUUGGCCCUGAGAUCUGGUCCACUCCACUCGCUACGUAUUUUCCGUCGUACAAGGCAGAAAUUGGCGACUUCACGCUGAAAGAACUCUGGAUUCCUAUCAUCCUGUUUGCCUUCUUUGUUGCCCAUUUGCCAGCCUGCAUCGUCAAUGUCGCACGAGCACGAAAGGCCAAGAACCUGCCUCUCCUACCCACUCUCUACGAGUGGACACCGCUGGUCGUCUUUGUUGCUUGCACCAUGGCCUGGCUUGGAUCGCCAUACUCGAAGCUGCUGGAGGACAAUCACCUCGUUCUCUAUUGCCUGACCAUGUCCCUGGUCUUCGGGCGCAUGACGACUAAGAUUAUUCUGGCUCAUCUCACGCAUCAACCUUUCCCGUACUGGACGAUGAUGCUCGUACCUAUGAUUGGAGGUGCUCUGCUUGUCAACCACCCAUACUUUACGAUUCCUGGAACCACUUUCGGGCCCAUCUCCGCCAACUUCGAGUUAUGGUAUCUUCGCGCAUACUUCGUCUUUGCUGCUGUUGUCUACGGAAAAUGGGCGCACCUUGUGAUCACGAGCAUUUGCAAUUACCUCGGCAUCAAUUGCCUGACGAUCCCCAAGGAGACAGCCGAGAAACACGCAAGAUCCAACGGCGCCGCAAACGGAGUACACUUUGAGAAAGGUCGUCAAGACUAG